AAAUUUAAUAAAUUAAAUGGAGGAAAAUGAUAUUAUAAGUCAACCAAAAACAAAAGGAUAUAUACCAACAGCAGGGAAAUCAAGGGAUGAAAUGAGAAUAUUUUUAUUUGAAUUUUUUGGAAUGGCUUUAUUUGCCUAUGGGUAAAUACAAUUAAAUAAGAUUUAGAAUUAUAUGUUCAUAAGGUUCAGAUGAAUUUUUAGCUUUGUUUUUCUUUGCAUCAGUAUGUUUGGCUGCUCCAUUUUCAGGAGCACAUGUAAAUCCUGCUGUUACAUUAGCUAUGCUUUUGUCAAGAAGAGUACGCUUUGCUUAAGCAGUUAUAUAUUGGUUGGCUUAAUUCUCUGGAGCAUUAUGUGGAGCAUGUUGCUGUUAUUUAAUUUUGAAUGAAGUAGAUAGCCCAUAAGUAAAGAGUACUGAAUACUCUUGGAUUUUAUCAGAUGUAAGUGGAGAAGCCUUUGGAACAUUUACAUUCAUUUUAUUCAUACUUAUACAAACAGAUAAAGAAACUACUUUAACUCCAGAAGGCCAACCAAUGACAACUUAUGUUUUAGUUGCUUUAGCUUUGUAUUUUUCGAGAGAAUUUACAUUCCAUUCAGGAGGUAUAUAAUUUUAUUUAUUUGUAAGGAUGUUUAAAUCCAGGUAUGGCAGUAUCCUUACAAUUAUUCUAAUCUUUUUAGACAGGUGAUAGGUAGAGAAUGGACUUUUUAUGGGUUUAUGUUGGAGGCCCAUUAGGAGGAGGUUUUGGAGCGAGCGUAUUUUUUGAACUUUUUUAUAAGAAAUAGAUAAAAAGACUCUGAU